AUGAGCGAGGUCCUGGCCAAAUUCGUCGACGAUCUCGUCAAGGAGCAACGAGAAGCCGCCCAUGCCAGCCAGCUCGGUAACGACGUCGAAGUGCCGGUGUUUGCUGAGCGCGUCAAUCUCCUCAGCGACACUGUGGUCGAGAUCGCCACCCUCAACGCCGCCGACGACAAGCUCGUGCUCAAGCUACUAUUCCAGACGUCCACCGUGCUCGGUAUCGUCGUCAAGUAUAAUGUCCACUACCUGAGACUUGUGGGCACCGCCUCGGCCCCGUCGCGUGAGCUUGGUGCUGUUGGCGCUGCUCUCGGCAAGAUCAACGCCGACGUCAGUUUCCACGUGCAACGGUGGUUGCUGAAGUUUAUGGAGAUUGGCGACCGCUACUGGAAACUCAAACCAGUGGUUCCCGAAGUUUCUCGCUUGCUUGAAGACAUCCUUGAGUUGGUGACGAUGGACCGACUGGAAGAAGCGCGGUUUUUGGACAAUUGCGACCGCUUGCUCCAAACGGUGCUGGACAUCCUCUACAACACUGUCGACGUUGAACUCAAGUACUUCAGCGUCGUCGCCAAGUUCCUCGCUACCACAUACUACAUGGGCCAGUCGCAACUUGUGGUGCGGUUUGUCGUCGACAAGCGGUGGCUGCUGCGGACCGGGAUCACUGCUAUCAGUGCUCGCGUGUGUGACUUUAAGGACUUGGACAUGUUCUACCGGUAUAUGGCGUUCAACUUAGUGCAGUACCGGAUGGUGCUUAACCAGGCCGACCCGGAAGCCCCUGAUGCCGAGCCCUAUUUCAAGGUACUCCUCGCCAUGCCCAACCAGUCGCUUGAUCUCUACCAGCAAGAUCCUGCCGCCGCUGAUGUCGCCGCUGACCCUGAAGCCCAGCGCAACUGGUUGGCGUACACUGAGCGUCGAGCCUACCCAGGUAACGGCCAUUUGGACUUAGGGUACGACGACCCCGAACGCAACCCGCGCCAGGUACCUCGGGGCAUGAAGCCGCACCCGAAGAGCCGGGAACGGCGGGAAGUGGCGUGGCUCUACUGUGUCAACUACUUACUCACCGUGAGAUCGAUCCAAGCGGUGGUCGAUGGUCCCGAAGUGUUCCACCGUGAAUUGAACUAUUUCGUUGCCGAUCUCUCUACCCACUUGACCAACCAUCUCAGCAUGAGCUCCCAGCCGAGUCUGACCCACCUGCUGGUGGUUAACGUCCGCGAGCUUGAGGCGUACCACCAGGCGUCGAUCGCCCAGACCGUGGGUAAUCCGCUUCGGGCGCGACUGAUUGCCACCAUUACCACGUCUGGCUCGUACAAGGAGCAGUUGGUGCUUGUGGUACAGUUCUUCCGCUACUUCAGCGACGGCAAAUUGAAGGACUUAUUACGCCGGUUUGAGGACGAAUUCGGUACCUAUUCUACCCGCUUCGCCAACCAGCCGGGCAAACAAGUAUACCUCAACGGCUUGCGCCAAAUCUACAUGCGGGUGGCAUGGCUCUUUGCCCGCUACCACUCGGUGUUCAUGUUGAACGCGCCUCCCCUCGAAGGGCUCGACGGCGAGUUUGGGUUGACCCCACGCGUCGCGCCCCUGAUCAACCACUUGGUGAAUAUCCGUCGCGAGAUCGACGACAUGAAUCGUAUCAUCCACCGCAAUCCGUGA